AUGAGGAGUGCAGACGCACGCAUUAAACAAUUCCGGAGCGAACUCAGUCGUCUAGACCUCAGUCGUCUAGACCUCGGUCGUACCGAGGUUAUUGGCGUUGAAAUGGACCUGCGCAGCCGACGUUCCGUACUAGACGCGUGCUCCCGCCUCACCACCCUCCUUGCCGAGAAAUGGACACAGGAACAGCGUGCGGAAUACACGCUAGGGACACAGGGUCAAAAUCACACACUCAUCGACUGCCUCAUCUGCAACGCUGGAAUCGCUACCGGCGACGCCAUUAUGACCGUCAACUGGCUGCACCACGUCGUCAUGAUCGAACAACUCCGAAAGCACACGCGCCGCGUUGUCUGCCUCUCUAGCAUCGCACAUGCCAUCGGACGCCUACCCGCACAACCCGCAUUGGACGUGGAACUCAUUGAGGGCGGCACGUCCUGGUUCGGCCACGAGCUGCUUCGAUACGCCAGCAGCAAAUUGGCCAUGCUACUCGAGGUCCAGUAUCUCCACCAGAACGGCGUCGAAGCCUACGCCGUGCACCCCGGCUGGGUCGCCACCGAAAUGGUCAACCAGCUCCGGUUCACCUGCCUCUUCGCCAAGUCCGUCCAAUACGGCGCCAUGACCGUCGCCGCUGUCGCUCUCAAAACCAACGUUAUUCCCGGCGGCUACCAUGAAACAGGCAGACCCAUACGCACCUUCCCCUCCGCGCACGGACUCGCCCACGGCUACCGACUGCUGCGACAACAAGCGCUCGGAAUGAUCGACCAAGACCGGUCUGACCGACCAAGACCGGUCUGA